UGAGUAAGGUUGCCAGAGCUCAACGAAGGGAGGGCGGGUUGUUAGGGUCGGCAACGAGCAAGUAACUCCUCUGAAGUUGCAGGCGUACAUAGGCUACGGAGACUGCUUAUCACCAGGCGGGCCGUAUGCUUGUUUGCCACCGACGUAGUAUAAAAAAAAGAAUGAAAUAGCCGCUAUACUGGUUUUUGCUGACUUGAAGCAAAUGCUCGAUAUGCGAUAACUAUAACAGCUUAAGAUCUACUUUGAAGUAGGAAAAUAAUUGUAAAAAUUGUGUUAGUUUUCGAGAAAUGUUGAUACCCUUUGUAUUCCUGUGCUUAUUCACAUGGACCGUCACAGGAGCCAGCAGUGAUUGCAGGCUGAGAAGCGUACACGUCCGGCAAGAUGGCGGGCUAUGCUUCGAGGUCCUUCCAUGGCAGCUGCAGCCAGUGGACCUGGACAACCAUUUGAACCAUAUGCGACAAAAAUUGAGAAACAGAACUCCUACGGAGUAUAGAAAAGUGUCUCCUCGUCAAGCACUGGUCAAUAGCGAAGUAUCCCGUUACGUGGACACAGUUCUGGCACCAUUUCUGGACGCUUACCAUAGGAACAUCCAGUCCUCAUACCAGCAGUUCACAGCCAAGCUGCUGCGUCGGAUCAAAGAAGAGAUCAACCAGGCGGUGCAGAAGAAACAGAAAUUAUACGAUGAGCUUACCAAGCUGGCUAAUGAACUUAAUGUGCCGGCAUCUUGUGAUGAGGAACGCCGCGCCGCACGCACCCUGGCCAGCCAACACGUCUCCGAUAUCCACAAGUGCGUGGAGGCGGCCAGAGACGGUAUCGCACAGAUGGGUGUAUACGCUGAUGAAAUGAUACAAAUAACUAGACAGCAUAUGCAAGCGCAGCUUAAUGAUGCUACAAGGUCGUUUAAUGAAGGGACUGUGGUUAUACCGAAGGGCGAUGUACCGGCCUGCAUGCAGGAACUAUCCCGCGCGGCAGCCAACCUCGGCUACGAGUUGGAUCUGACACUGACGAACGCCCGCCGGUACAACGAGCAAGCGUGCGAGCAGCUGUCCACCUGCAGCACUCACGCGCACCGCGCCUCGGACGAGGCAGCUGCCAAAUUAAGAGAACAAUUGUAUCAGUGCGUGUAUGCUUAAUGUUCAGUACGGGUCUAAUUCUCUCCGUGCACUUAUGGAAUAUUUGCAUCACAUUGCGGCAUCUGAUCGAUUAAUUGAUUAUGUUGCUACUACUUAGCCGGUAAUAAUCUAGAAUCGCAGGCAUUUGUUGCAAUGUCUGUAGAAGCUUUUAACGUUACGGAAUAUCGGAAUUUAAAUUCGAAAGUAACUCCCGCGCGGCAAUGAGUUGGAUCUGUAGGCAUAGCACAUGAUAGGCCCGACAGUAUCUCGCGGCGAGAUAGACUACCCGUCUUUUUCUAACUAUGUUAAUUAAAGAGGGACGGGUAGUCUAUCUCGCUGCCAGAUACUAAUGCUCUUUGUAAUGUAUGAAUCCUUUAGGAGAUCUUCAGGCAUACGCCACGCAAUGAAAACAUUAGCAGGUACUGUCGACAGAACUUAACCAACAACAGGCCUACCGCGAACCACGUUGGACGUGUUAAUUGCCUCUCUAACGCACUUGUAAACUCGUACGUAAGUGUGACAGGGAGGCAACACAUUGAACGUGUUUCGCGGUAGGCCCUCUGGGCUUUAUCUUUGAUCUCUUCUCUAUGUACAUUUUUUAGAAUACUAUAUAACUACAGUAAUAUACUUAAU